AUGGGAAUGAUGGUCGGAGGAUGGUUUGCAUCCCACGUCGCAGAUAAACUGGCCGACAAGGUUUCGCUGCAUUUGGACGACCGAUAUGAUCUGCGCACGGGUGCGAAGGCUAUGGCGGAGGAUGUGAAGGCUAGACUUCCUCGUAUCCGAGCCGUGAUCCAGGCAGCGGAGGGGAGGCCGAUCAGGGACCCAACGCUGGCCGCAUGGCUGAGGCAACUCAAAGAUGCUGCCUACGAGGCUGACGACGUGCUGGAUGAGCUUGAAUUCAAGGAGCUUCAUGAUAAGCUACACGGCAAGAGCAAGGUGAGCGACUUCGUAUCCCCCGCUGUUAAGCUUCUCAAGCAUUUUAUUAUGUCCGACGAUAACCUGAAAAACUUGAAAAAUCUUGCGGGAAAUCUUGAAAAGAUUUAUCUUGAUAUCAAUUGUAUGGAAGAACAAUUAAAGGACUACAACUCACAGCAGAGAAGUGUGACCAGAGAGACCAGCUCGAUUAUCCAGGACAUUGUGGUUGGGAGAGACAAAGAAAGAGACAUGAUAUUAGAUGUGCUGUUGCAUUUAGCUGAUGAACCGGAAUCUAGCAUCAAAUGUGGGACUGGGAGUAGUAGCUACCCGAGUCUUGGUGUUCUUCCUAUAGUAGGCAUUGGGGGUGUUGGCAAGACUGCUGUGGCUCAACUUAUUUAUAAUGAUGAAAGAGUAGCAAGGCAUUUUGAGCUGAGGAAGUGGGUCUAUGUGUCCGAUAAUUUUGAUGUCAAGCGGAUUUCUAGAGAGCUGGCAUAUGACUCGGUGCACGACCGAAUCCCGGACGAUAUUAGUUUGAAUGGCAUUCUAGGGAAAGUUAGAGAUGCCACGAGGAACAAGAGGUUUUUGCUUGUCCUUGAUGAUGUGUGGGACGAGACAGGUAGCAAUUGGAGAGAACUCCGUGGUGUCUUAACAUCUGGAGCGAAAGGAAGCAUGGCUCUGGUGACAACACAAAGUCCAAUAGUAGCAGAAGUUAUGGGCACGAUGGACCCGAUAGAACUGAAGAGCCUACAGGAAGAUGACUACUGGAUACUUUUCGAACAUUGUGCGUUCGGUGAAAAAAUUCUUGAGGAAGAGCGAAGGGAAAAAUUGCAAAUAAUAGGAAGGAAAAUAUCUGAAAAACUCCAUGGUUUACCUCUAGCUGGGAAGGUACUGGGAAGUUUAUUGAACUCCAAACUGGAUGAGGAUUACUGGAAGAUGAUCUUAGAAAGUGAGUGGUGGGAACAAGAAUAUGUUUUAGAUAAUAUCCUUCCAUCUCUGGCUUUAAGUUACGAACACUUGAAUGCAAAUUUAAAGCAAUGCUUCGCUUACUGUUCCAUAUUUCCCAGGAGCUAUGUUUUCGAAAAAGAUCGGUUAGUCCAGAUGUGGAUGGCUCAAGGUUUUAUCCAGAACAAGAGUCGGGUAAGAAUGAGAAUGGAGGACAUCGGGGGUCAGAUAUUUGACGAAUUAACUCGCAGGUACUUCUUUCUACCAACUCUGACCGACAAGUAUGUGAUGCAUGAUCUGAUCAGAGAAUUGGCAGUUUUUGUUUCGUUGGAUGAAUGCUUGGUCAUCAGCGAUGAGAAAGGAGAAAUUCCAGAGACAAUUCGACACCUGACUCUUAGGACUGAUAAAAAAAUGAAUGCAAUUAUGGACACGUGUAGACUUCAAAACCUACGGUCCAUUUUAUUCUUUGGUGAUUAUGAUUCUGAAAAUUUUUAUAGUUUUCUUGAUGGCAUGUUAAAACAAUCAAAAAGCCUGCGUCUCUUGGAUUUAUCUUACAGUCACCUGAAGCUGGAUAAGCUACCGGAUGCUAUCAGUGGGUUAUCACAUCUAAGAUACUUAGAUGUCUCCUGCACUAAGAUCAGACACCUGCCCAAAUCAUUUGACACAAUUUCUCUAAUUACUGGGAUUGGAGAUCUUAUCAACCUUCAAGAAUUAGAGGAAUUCCGAGUCACAAAGAAGAGGCGACAUGAGAUUGGAGAGUUGAAGGGCUUGAGAAAUCUUCGGAGACGGCUUGCGAUCAAGAAUCUUGAGAAUGUCAAUAGUAAGGAGGAGGCCAUGGAGGCGAUGUUGAAAGACAGAGAACAUCUAACUGCAUUGAAUUUAAUGAAGAAAUUAGAUGCAAGAAGUCUUCCUGAUGCGGAGAAGGAGAUAUUUGAAGGCCUCCAACCACAUCCAAGUCUUAAAGAGCUGACCAUCAGGGGCUAUGAAGGUAUCGAAUUUCCAACUUGGUUGGUGGAAAGCAACUUUCUCGCCAAUCUAGAAUUUAUUUCUCUUGAUUCUUGUGUCAAGUUGGAGAGUCUGCCGCCAUUAGGGCAGCUGCCUUUCCUCAAGGAACUUCAUCUCGCUAACAUGCCUGCCGUAAAACGAAUUGGUCGUGAAUUUUAUGGUGACACUGGUGUGGCAUUUCCAUUCCUCGAGGCACUAACAUUUAAGGGCUUCUGGAAAUGGGAGGAGUGGUUGGAACCAGAUGGCGCACAAUUUUUACCUCGCCUCCGUAUACUCGAACUCCGUGGUUGCGACAAGCUAAGGAAAGUACCCCUCCUCUUCCAGUCAUCGCUUGUACAGCUCAGCAUCAAACACUGUGGUGACUUCGGCAGUGCACUGCCCGGAUGUUUGCAGAGUCUCACCUUUCUCACCCAGCAACAGAUCAAGGAUUACCACGCCCAACUAUCUCUUUGUUUAUCAAAUUUGAGUGCCCUCAAACAUUUGGAACUUCGGAAUUGCAGGAAGAUGAAGUUAGUUGGGGGGUUACAGUUUCUUACUACUCUUGAAAGCCUAGAUCUCAGAGCAUGUCCUAAGAUCAUCGAGUCCUCAGAACCUGUGCAGCUCCGCGAGGAGCAGGGACUGCGAACUCUCAAUCGUCUCACCAUAGACGACACGAUCCUACUUCAAAAUCUGUGGAUUCUGUUGGGAAGCCUCCCCUCACUGCAACGGAUGCAUAUUCGUUGGUGUCAUGGUAUGACCAACUUUACCAGGGAACAGGAGCUAUGGUUCCAGCAACUGACAUCCCUUCAAGAUCUGGAGAUUUAUUACUGCGAGAACGUAGAAAGCCUACCUACUUCUUUGGCAAAUUUUCCCUCCAUCAGGAAGUUACAUAUAUUCUACUGCCCCAAGGUUAGCUCACUGCCAGGGAAUGGCCUGUCUACUUCGCUCAAAGAAUUACACAUCGAUGGAUGCCCUUUGUUGAAGGACCGAUGCCAAAGAGGAGGAGCUGAUUGGCCAAAGAUUGCUCACAUACCUUUCAUACGUAUUGAUACCAAAACCAUACAAAUGCUGUGA